AAAAAACAUAGUCAUGGUUUACUGGUCUCUUGUACCACUUUUGUUAGCCUUGCCUUGGUCUCAGGCUGCCGAUAGUCCUCAACAACCAUUCACUGCCUUCAAAAAGAAGACUACGGACCUUGACCGUGCCUAUCGUAUUCUCAACCACCAUCCAUUAAUCGAUACUCACAAUGAUUUUCCCAUGAUCCUUGCUUUUGAAAAAUACGGAAAAAUCAAUGACUACAACAUCACCCACCUCGACAGUGGACACACUGAUAUCGAACGUCUUCGCAAGGGCCGCCUGACAGGACAGUUCUGGAGUAUAUAUUAUGACUGUGAUAGUGCUGAUAAUCAGCUUCUCAAGGCAAUGGAGUCUAUCGAUGUGACGAAGCGUAUGGUUGCACUGUAUCCCGAGACUUUCCAGCUUGUCACGUCCAGCAAACAAUUCCAGAGGGCAUUCAACAAGGGCCGUAUUGGCUCCAUGUUGGGUAUGGAGGGUGGACAGAUGAUUGACAGCUCCAUGGCAGCUCUUAGAUCAUUUUAUAAGCUUGGUAUUCGAUACAUGACACUGACUCAUAAUUGCCACACACCUUGGGCCGAAUCCUGCUGUGAUCCCAACCCUCCAGCUUUCGAAAAGGGUCUUGGGUUGACAGAGUUUGGAAAGAAGAUUGUGUUGGAGAUGAACCGAGUUGGAAUGAUGGUCGAUAUCUCCCAUGUAUCCCACGCCACAAUGCAUGCCGUCCUCAACACAACCCGCGCCCCUGUUCUGUUUUCCCAUUCAUCCAGUCAUGCACUUUGUCCCAUUGAACGCAAUGUGCCAGAUGAGGUCCUGAAACGCCUUUAUGAAACAGACGGUGUUGUCAUGAUCAACUUUUACAACUCUUUUGUCCAGUGCAAUCCCGAUAUCCCUGCCACUCUCAACGACGUAGCAGACCAUAUUGAACACAUUGCUCGAGUAGCCGGAAGACACCGAGUCGGAUUAGGAGCUGAUUUUGACGGAAUCGAGAGAACACCCGAAGGAUUGGAAGACGUCAGUAAAUACCCUGAUUUGUUUGUCGAGUUGAUCCGUCGUGGAUGGACAGACAAGGAAUUGGUUGGAUUGGCAGGAAAGAACUUUUUGCGGGUCUGGAGACAUGUUGAAGUAGUAAGAAACCUCCUCUCUGAUGAACUUCCCCAAGAGAGCCGCAUUGAUGAUGUUAUUGAUGAUGAAGAGUAAUAAUAUUGUAUGAUUACUAUUAAUUAAUAAUAAUAAUAAUAAAAGAAAAUAAGAUAUAAAUGAUGAACAGUUAACAAAGAUGGUGUAUAAUAUAACAUACUACAUUAUACUUAAUAGACCAUGUAGCCUUUGAUACCAGUAGCAUUAGGCACGUGCACACACAUCAAUAGCCAUCAAUACAUCUCUUGGGCUUAAUGUUACAGUACAAGUCUACCUUGGAUCUAGACG